AUGUCAUCCUCCCACCAACCCCACGAUAAUGACCCCGUCAACGAAGACGACAACGAAAUGUUCGACCCCGCGGACGCCGCCGAAGAAAUCGAAGAUAUAGACGGCGACGGCGACGCUGCCAUGGAUUCCGGCGAUGAAGAUGCACAGGGAGAAGGCCAAGGGGAAGACCAAUUAAUGCAAGAAGAAUACGAACUUGUCAACGAUUCCAUCGCCCAUUUCGAUCACCAUAAAGAUUCCAUCUUCUGCAUAGCACAACAUCCUACCCGACCGGAAAUCGUCGCGACGGGUGGUAGUGAGGGUGAUGAUGAGGCAGGGGCUGGAUAUAUUUUUGAUGCGACGCCCGAACCGAGUCCGCUGUUGCCGGCAAGUUAUCAGAGUAAUCCCGAUGAGAGGGUGGAGCGAAGGGGGCUGGAACCUAUCUUUAGGUUGGAGGGCCAUGCCGAUUCGAUUAAUGCGUUGACAUUUACGUUGCCGGAUGGAAAGUUUUUGUUGUCGGGAGGCUUGGAUGGGAAGUUAAGGGCGUAUGUGACGAAUGGGAGUAAAUGGAAGUUUUACACCGAGGCGCAGGAGGUCGAGGAAAUCAACUGGUUGAUUGCGUGUCCGAAUGCGAACUCGCCAAAUACUUUUGCGUUGGGUGCAAAUGAUGGGAGUGUGUGGGUUUACAAGGUGGAUCCGAGUCAGAAGGGGGCGCCGCUGCAGCUGAUGCAAAGUUAUUUCUUGCACAAAGAGUCUUGUACUGCGGGAGCGUGGUCGCCGGAUGGUAAAUUGUUGGCAACGGUUAGUGAGGAUGGAAGUUUGUAUGUGUGGGAUGUCUUUGGAGAGGCUGCCGCGGCUGGGUUGAAUCAGGGAGAGAGUGGACAGACGGUCGUGGGGCUUACGGCGUUAGAUCAGAGGUUUGCGGUUGAGGGGGGGUUAUUCAGUGUGGGGAUUGCGCCGAGCGGUCAUUUUGUUGCGGUGGGUGGAGCGGGAGGUUCGAUAAAGAUUGUGGGAUUACCUAGAUUGGGCGAUACUUCAGGUGCAGCAUCGAAAAGUAAAGGUGGAAAAGCUGCAGCUGGGAGAGCUGCCGCUGCAUCCGCUGGUCAAACCGGACAAAUCCUUGCAGAUUUACAAGCACAAGGUGAUGGAAUCGAAUCCAUCGCAUUUGCACAACCCCCAUUGACAUUAAUGGCGACCGGAAGUGUAGACGGCAGUAUCGCGCUCUUCGACUGCGCCCACCGAUUCGCCGUACGACGCCACAUCAAAGAAGCACACGAGGAAUACAGCGUGGUGAAGGUGGAAUUUCUCAAAAAUGCAAAUGCGGGAGGCUGGUUACUGACCAGUUGUGGCAUGGACGGAGUAGUCCGUAGAUGGGAUACUAGAGGGGGAACUGGAAUUGCAAAUUCGGGAUUCGUGAGGGAGUGGAAGGGUCAUAGGGGCGAUGGAGAGGGUGGUGGUGUGUUGGGUUUUGUGCAAGGGGGUGGGGGUAGAAUUGUAACGGCGGGUGAUGAUGGCAUUAGUUUGGUUUUUGAUUCGCCGAUUUGA